AUGGCAUUAGAAAUAGAUAUAGAUAAUGUAAUAUCAAAACUAAUAGAAGUUAGAGGAACUAGACCAGGAAAAAACGUUAAUUUGACAGAAAAUGAAAUAAAAAUAUUAUGCUUAUCAAGUAGAGAAAUUUUUUUAAAUCAACCUAUAUUACUAGAAUUAGAAGCACCAAUCAAAAUAUGUGGAGAUAUUCAUGGUCAAUUUUAUGACUUGUUAAGAUUGUUUGAAUAUGGCGGAUUUCCGCCGGAUGCAAAUUAUUUGUUUUUAGGAGAUUAUGUUGAUAGAGGAAAACAGAGUUUAGAAACAAUAUGUUUACUACUAGCAUAUAAAAUUAAAUAUCCAGAAAAUUUUUUUUUAUUGAGGGGAAAUCAUGAGUGUGCAUCAAUUAACAGAAUAUAUGGUUUUUAUGAUGAGUGUAAAAGAAGAUAUAGUGUUAAAUUAUGGAAAACUUUUAUUGAUUGUUUCAACUGCUUACCUGUUGCAGCAAUAAUUGACGAAAAAAUUUUUUGUAUGCAUGGCGGAUUAUCGCCAGAAUUAAAUAAUAUGGAACAAAUUCGAAAAAUAACAAGGCCAACAGACGUUCCUGACAAUGGCUUAUUAUGCGAUUUAUUAUGGUCUGACCCAGAAAAAGAAAUUAAUGGGUGGGGAGAAAACGACCGAGGAGUUUCAUUCACAUUUGGUCAAGAUGUCGUUCAUAACUUUUUAAGAAAACAUGAAUUAGAUUUAAUUUGCAGGGCACAUCAAGUAAGAACAGAUCUAGUGGUAGAAGAUGGCUAUGAGUUUUUUGCAAAAAGGCAAUUAGUUACCUUAUUUUCCGCUCCCAACUAUUGUGGAGAAUUUGAUAAUGCCGGUGCUAUGAUGAGUGUUGAUGAAACAUUAAUGUGUUCAUUUCAAAUUUUAAAGCCAGUUGAAAAAAAAAAAACAGCUAACUAA